CGGGGCGACUCAUACGGCAUUCUGGGAGUUGUAGUCCUCUGCUGAAGCGUUCCUCUGAGCCUGACUGGAGGUUUGCGCAGGAGCGAGGAACUGCCCAAGGUGAAUUCGCUGACAUCUGAUUGGCUGUUCCGAAAAAAUGACUAGUGUCCGCGGAUUUGGGUAGAGACCCACGAGUAUACUCGGCUGGAGAGCGGCUGGGAGGGGGCGGGGCUUCUGGGCGUAGGGCGCGAGCAGUUUGAAAGACUGUUGGUGUCGGUUCGGCUGCCCGGGUCGGAUUCCGCAGUCCCAGCCCUGCUCAAUGGCAAACCCUGAGGAGGUGCGGAUUCCUUCGCCGCCCCCGCCGUCUCCUGCGUCUCCGUCGUCUUCAGACGCCUCGUCAGCAUCUUCCCCCGGCGUCCCAGGGAGUCUGGGCUGGCCAGUUCCGAGCAGAAGCAGCGGCCGGACGGUGGACCCUCUGGAGGAAGUAGAGCUGCAGAUCGGAGACGCCGCAUUUUCAUUAACCAAACUUCUUGAAGCCACAUCUGCAGUAUCAGCUCAAGUGGAAGAGCUUGCCUUCAAGUGUACAGAAAAUGCACGUUUCCUUAAAACAUGGAGGGACCUCUUGAAAGAAGGCUAUGAUUCUUUGAAGCCUGACAACUGAUUUGGCUGUGUAAUAAUUCAUACUUCCUCAUUUAUGAUAUUUGCACGUGGACCAUAAGUAUAAAGUAGUCUCCAGUA